AUGAAUUCUGAACAAAAUGAUUUUUUAGAAACCAAUCGAAAAAAAAAACAGGAAAAAAAAAGGAGAAAAACAAUCCAACUACAAUAUCAAGAUCCUUUCCCUUCACAAAUUCUCUUUCAUCACUGUAUCAUGUCAUCAAUUGGAUCAAAAGAUCAAUUUGUUUCCCAAAUAACAAAUCAAUCCAUCUUCAAGCAUUUUUUGGAUAGUAACACAUCCAAAGAAGAGUUGUCAUCUCCUCUUCCUUAUAAUCGAUUGGUGUGCCGUGGGAAUAGUGAUGUAUUCUUUGUAAGCAACAAUUUGGUCCGUUGCUGUACAAUCAACCCAGACACUACUAAUUAUAAGUUAUUAAAGGUUGUCAAUCCAUUCUAUGAAAUCAUUUCAUUGCUCAUGAAUAAAUCAGGCACAUUAUUGGCCCUUAUUGGCGAACAAGAAAUAGAUGUGGUUACAUUACCUGCAAAUGUUGUGAAAGGAGAUGGUGUUUAUGUGGACGGAAGUUCGUUCAAGAUUCAAAAUUUAACAGGGAAAAUUAGAAAAUGUGUAUGGCAAACAACAGCUGCCAAUGAUUCUAUGUUGGUAGUCUUGAACGAUAAUUCAGAAAUUAAAGCAUUUGACUUGACAAAAUCCUUGGAAGUUCCGAUUAUAAAUAUCGACUUGAAGACACUUGAUAACUUCAAGAAUCAAGAGGCCACUUCAAUUGCUUUUGGAUCGGACCAGAAUUUAGCAGGUGGAUUGACAUUGUAUGUAUCAACAAAAUCGAGUAUAUUUGCUGUCUAUCCAUUUACCACCUCCUCCACCAAAUUAGUCACCACAGAAGAAGCCAUAGAUGUGGCUCUUCAGGAUACUAAAGCAGCCAUGGAAUUAAUUCAGGAGAAAUACCCGACAAAUUUAACAGAAAUUGCAACUAGCCCAAUGAAUAAGGCUGCGUUAAAGCAAUUUGAUUACUAUUUGAAUAUCAAAAAUCAAUUAAGUGGUACUGUACCUAUUGUGAAAGAAGUUAGGGAUGUCUAUACAAAUAAUCCUUAUGAAUUAUUUGUUGUCCAACAAAAUUUGAAUGAUUUUGAAGGACCUGUAUUACAGGGACCAAUUGUUAGUGUCGGUUCAGAUAUUCAAGAUAUUACCUCAUUUGGCGAUAAUCCAUUUAUCAGUUUCAUGGCCAGUGUUGGUGAUAAUGCUGUUGUCAACUAUUAUGCCCAGCUUGCUCCAAUGUUGAUGAAAUAUAGAGCCUCAGGAGAUGUUAGCGAUGAAUCUAAAGAAUCGACUCCUGUUGUCCUAACCCCAAGAUAUAUCAAACCAAGAAAAGGAUUUGGUUUUGUUGAUAAUACUGAAAUAGAAGAACGUGCAUUAGUGAAACAAACUCAAUCUCAGGCUUCAUUUUGGAAAGAAGAAUUAUCCGUAUUGGACCUCUUACACACCGACAAACUUCCUGCAGACGACACUAAUACUACCAACAACAACAACAACAGUAAUAAAAAACUCCCAACAUAUUUUGGAAGUCUUGAUGAAUUUAGAUUUACAAUCUUCAUGGCAUCGAAAAAAAUAGUGAUUGUUGAUUGUACUUGGGUGAAAGAUUUUGUGAAUGAUUUGGUUGGAAAUAAAGUUGAUGAUGUCGCAGUUGCACCACAUUACGGAGUUGCAUCUGAAGAACCAGAGCCUAUUCUUGCAUUUACAUAUAUCAAGGACAAAAUCACGUCUACUGGAGAAUAUCUUUUAGUAUUUAGAAGCAAGACAAAGGACGAUUUGGAAGUGAUUCAAAUUGUGAAUACUGCUCCAGAGGAUUUAACAACCGAGCCGAAAGAAAUUUUGCGUUUAACAGAUAAGGUUCAGAGCAAUGCAGGUUUGACAUACAAGGCUCCUUCACCAUUUGAUGAAUUGUUGGCAGAGUUGCAAAAUUUGUCCAAAAUUAAGAUUGCUACAGGAGGAAUACAAGGAAACACAGGGUUGGAUAAAGGAAAUGUCGAUGAUCUUGAGAAUUUGAACAAAUUAUCGAUUAAUACUAUACAAUUAGCCAAGGAGUAUUCUAUUUUUGGAAUCAAAUUACAAACAAGAAUUUUGUCAAACUUGGACUCUUUGAAAGAACAAAAGAGUAUACUCAACAAAAUCAAAUCACAAUGUGAACCAAAUGACAGUGAAAUUAAAAAAGGAGAAGAAGACAAAUUGACCAAAUUGGCCGAUAGACAAGAGAAAUUAGAUAAAAGAUUUGUUGACUUGCAAAAGAAGAUUUACGAUGCAUUGAAUAAAUACAACAAGGAGAGGUCAUUGCCAAUAUCAGAUGCCGAAAGUUCAUGGUUUAAAGAAAUUGAUAGUAUUGAUCAAUCAGUCAAUACUGGGGUUAAGGAUGAGGUCAGUUUGACAGAGAAGAUUGAACGAUUGUCAUCCCAGGUUAAAUCAGUACUUGAAAGUUCUAAAGCUAAGGAUAGCAAGACAUCAGAAGUCACCCCUGUGGAACAAUUAGAACUUGAAAGAAAGUUGAGUAAGUUAAAGCAUUGGUUGAUUCGUGAAGAUAAAGCUAUACAGGCAUUGAAGGAUAAGUUAACAGCAUCAUUGAAACUCGUUGAUGAGCAAUAA